AUGGAGGACAUGGAGCGAUUUCCGCCUACCCCUGACAUAACACGUAGUAUCGGGGACUUGCUUGCUCGACGCAGACGCAGAACCUUUUACUGCAAAUCGGCAUUGACUUGGACGCCAUAUACAACACCAUCGUCAAUUAUGGAAGAUAGGACACAUAGACUCCUGCGGAAGCUCUUCCAACCAUCCAAAACACCCACCUUCUGUCUUUGGGCAAUUGACUUCAUAUUCAGUCAUCAUCCCUCGUCUUCAACAAACAGCUCUUCUGAGUCAAGAAGAGUUCUAUCGCAAGUUAUUACUGCAGUGCUCAGGCCUGAAUUCACCCCUCUCCACAUGGCAGCUGCAUUCAGUAUGCACGACAUAUGUCAAGAGUUGCUGGAAAGUGGCUCUGAUGUGCUGGCAUGCAGCAGGUUCGGUACUCCAUUACACUGUUCCCUUGGCGGCCGAGGUUUCUUUUAUAGUUUUCUGAACUUAAGAAGCAACGAUAUCAUAUCCGGUGGUCCCAUUACUGAUCGAAUAGUUUUCCAUGGUGCGCACCUGGCUCGGCUACAAACAGUCCAAUUGUUGCUGAAAGCUUCAGCCUUACCCCUGACGUCCCCAUUGCCAUCAGAAACUAUCAUGUCCCUCACUUUGUCAUGCCCUGACAUAUUUACCAACAAUGUUCAAGUUAUCAUCGAGCUUCUUAGGGCUGGUAUGUCAAUCACGGCUCACGAUGUACAACUCUUCAAGACUCGUUAUGAUCGGUGCCUGCAGAUGCCUGCUUUUACAUCCGAGACCUCUCAGAUGUGGUCUCUUUUUCCACAAUUACUCAACGCCCUUGGCGAAAACAAUACACCAGGCUGCCCUAGAUUUCUUCUUCACCAGGAGACCGCAGACUUCAUCUUAAGAACAAGGGAAAGAAGACCACUCCAGUCCUCAGAGAGGCAGUUUCUUGACGGCACCAGUAACGAAGAGGUCCUCAAAUACUUCCAUUCACUGAUCAGAUUGAACAAUAAAAUUGGGGUGAGCGCUUUCCUUGCCACUCCGAGAGCUGAAUUGGCAAAGUCGACAGACAUUGAUCCUGAGCGUCCUGGCUGGAAUGCUCUUCAUCUUGCAUUACUUGAGAGAUCUUAUCGAGUGCUGGAUCCAUUGUUAACCUUUGGCCUGGAUCCGUGUGCUGAAAGUCCAGAAGGUUCCAAGCCAGUUCAUAUGUGCUGUCAGGAUGACACUUGUGAGGCUCUUCAAAUCCUACUACGCUUUGGUGGAUCAAUUCUUGACACCGAUAACGUGGGCAGGACCGUGUGGCAUUUAGCUGCAGAGAUGAACUCCGUGAUGGUUCUGCAGGAAUUACUUAACUUGGGCGACGUUGAUGUUGCGCUAAAAGUAACAUCUAAGCACCAUGAGACCCCUAUUUGUGCUGCAGCGACUCAAUUACGCCUCGAGGCUGUUUCCCUUCUCCUGCCUUUUUGCAGAACGGAAGAACACUGGACAAGCAGUAAAGCACUGUCCGUCAUUUUAUAUGAGCCCAGAUUCUCUGGGAUCAUUCAAUCCCUGCAUGGAUUCGGCAUCUUGUCACAAACAUCAUGUGGUAUGCACGCUCUAGCAUGUGCAUUCUAUCGGGCUAUUUCUCUUGAUGAUGUACAGACUUGUGAGAAGCUUUACGGUCUCGGCUGUCCUUUGGAGUGUGAGCUACCCUUUCCCGUGCUUGUGACCCCAUUGGCUCUGGCCAUAUUCCGAGAUUCUUGCAAGGUGAUGAUGUGGCUAUUUAGGAAGGGUGCGCCUGUUUCAACCAUCAUGGCCCAUCCUACUAAGGAUACACAUUGUACAGUGCUCGACCUUGUCUUAGAGCGACCCAAUCUGAAUAUCCUUCUUUCGACGUUAUUGGAUGCAUACCUUGCAGAGGAGGGUUCCUUUUCACAUCAACAACGCAGUAUACUGAACAUACCUCUCAUGUUAGGUAACACAGAUGGACUCGUCAUAAUGCUGAACAAACUCCAGGGCAAGGCCUUGGGCGGUGGUGAAGUCACAAGAUUCUUCCGGGACAUUUCAGGUGACUUCAUCUUUAGAUGCACCUCAAAACUUGAGUCGCUCAGUGCCAUUAUUAAUCAGAAGGACAUCCGUCAUCAGAACAGGACUCCUCUUUUUGUGGCAGCCGCGCAGAACAAUGUGACAGCAGUAAACGCUCUGCUUAUUCAUGGAGCCCAUAUCAACACAACGGACGACAGGAAUUGCACGCCUCUAUUCGUUGCAGUUGAGCAAGGUGCGACAGAAGUUGUAGAGUUGCUCCUCAAUCGUGGUGCCCACGUCGACGUGGUGAAUACUUCAUUUCACGGACUCCUUGAUGUGGCUUUCGUACAGAAAUCGUGGAGAAUGGUUGACAUCCUUCUCAAGGCCGGCCUAUCAAGCAAACGGAUUAAUGUGGACGGAAGAAAUCUCCUCGGCCUCAUGACUUUAUGGACUUGCCAACCAGACACCAAACCCAAUAUUGGGCUCUUCAAGCAGCUCCUAGAUCAUGGCGUCGAUCUACACUUGUGCGAUAUUUUUGGUUACUCCGCUUCCCAUUGUCUUUUUACAAGACCUUGCCGGGGUUACUUGUUGUGCAUGUUGGACAUGAGAUUCGAUCUACAGGUGGCAAAGCUCAGCAACUGGCCUGACCGUUUCUUCUCCAACGGAGUAGACAUCUUGGUCGCGCUAAUAUACAGCUUUCGUUAUGUCAAACCUUUAAUCAAGAUUGAGGGUGUCCGCCAGCUAUGUGGCCUGGGAACUCCUGGUACUCAUAGUUUGUUAUGUCGAGCAGCCUGCUGUGGUUCGAUCCCGGCGAUUCAGAACCUCAUCAAGCUUGGGAUUAGUGAUUUCGAACACCAUUGUCGUGAACACGGAUCGCCCCUAAAUGCUGCCGUUCAAAACAACAGAUGGGAGGCAGUCAAGUUUCUUAUGCUUCAUGGCGCCAAGGUACCUGACGAUCUGGGGAAACCCAUGAAUCCCACUCUCAGUACUACAAGCCUAGAUUUCGUUAUUCGAGAAUGGCUAUUUGUUGGUAUGCACACAGAGCGAAAGCGAAUUUCCCUUGGCCUCUUGAGCGGUGAGCCGGAGAUGAAAUACUGGUCUGGAGUAUGGGUUGUUCGGGUUCCAUUGCAAAGGCAGGAUAGGAAGUGUUCUGUGGAGAGCAUCUUGGAAUACGCCAAACGAAGGUACUGGCUUGAGAUUGAGUACAAGUCAAGUGUUAUUCGAUAUACUCAACUGUUGCGGCCAAAAGAAAGAUGUGGGAGCAUGUCGAGUGUUGAGCGGCAGGGCUAUUACUGGGAGAUGUGA